AUGGCCAACCAAACCCUUUCACGCCCAUUCCUCAUCGAAUUCAACGGUCAAUUCGUAGUCAACCCCCAAAUGGACGACAACUUGACCUUCGACGGCCGCAUCCCAGCCAGCAUCGGUGACCGUGCGAACGCCGCUGUUUUCGAGCUCCAUGAUGGUGUUUUGCACAAAGCUGGCGGACAAGGACCCCCUAUGCACUUUGGUCGUUUCCGUAUCGAGCCGCUUGCGUUUAUGCCAAUGCCCGUUUACUGGAUCCCACAACGGGAGAUGGUGCAGCAGUGCAAUUAUGCUGGGGAGGAAGAUUCGCCCACGGGGUUCGAAUCGAGUGGGUUUCAUCUUGGUGUGCUACCCGGCCAGGAAAACCUAGUUCGUGCUAUGCCACCGGGUAUGUUCCCUGGAUCCGAGAUGAAGGUACAUUGGCAGUAA